AUGCAGGAGGCCUGGGUUCUGCUGGGUGAAGCUGAGAAUGUCCUGGCCCACCUGAGACGCAGGAGGGAGAAGGACCAGGCCUCUUUGUCCCAACUCUGUCUCUCUUCACAGCAUGAGUGUGUGGACGACUUCUGUGAUGACCUCCAAAGUCAACCCCAAGCAGAAACACAGCAGGUCGAGUCAGUCCUAGCAAAGCUGGAGGACCAACUCAGUGAGAACCUGCUUGAAGCUGUGGAUGCUGAAGUUCACAACAAUGUACCGGAGCUCACCCCCGUGCUUGGUGAAGUGCAGCAGGAAUUCCGUUGUAGAAUCCGGAGGCCCUCUGGUACUGACAAUCCAGGAGACCCGGAGAGGCCCUCUGGCUCUGACAAUUCAGGGGACCAGAAGCCGGGGAAGAGCUUUCCGGACAGAGCGCUGAGGCAGUUCUGAGAAUGGCUGCAGAAGCUGAAGCGGAAGUUUUUUGUUGCGCUUGCCUGCCUGCGGCAGAAGGGGGCUGCCCACCUACAGACCUUGUGCAGUGCGGUUGAGGCCAUCUGGGGAGAGUUGAAGCGUUUCUUCUCCUCUGUGGGGCAGGUCUUCAAGAGCCUCAUCUAGGUCUAGGGAGCCCCACAGGGUCCGGGAGGAGAUUGGCCUCAUGUAGAAGCCAAUUUGAUUUUCCCCUUCUCAGUAAGAAUCUUCUGAAGCGACCUUUGCCCUCCUGCUCACCCUUGACCCAUCCUUGCAACCUCCCUCACCUCCUGUCCUUCAGGGAGGACACCACCCUGCCCAUCAAGCUCUCCCCACCCGGGUUUCUUUCUCCAGGUCUGACCUGCCUGUCGCUGUAGUGCUGAAAUCCUAAUAAAAGUUGAUUGAACCAAA